AUGUGUGAAGUCGAGCUUUCCAUCUGCGUCCACUGCGGGAAAGUGUUUGCGGCCAAGAUGAAGUACUGCGACCCUGUCAAAGGCAAGCUGCUGGUCGUCAACAGCACGCCAUUCGAAAUCAGCUCGUCGUUCAAUUGGUCCCCGAUGGAAGGGUGCGACGGUCUGCAGAUUCAUCCCACCGCCAUCCUCGACGCCUGCAGGAGUGACAUGGCCGGACCCGAGGUGCCCUUCGACCGACCAGCAGCGGCGAGGCCGAGUGUCAGGAGCCCGUAUCCGACCCCAAUGGCGCCCCAGCGGACGGACAUGCCAGAGGAGCUUCCACAGGCUGCGGGAGUGGAGGAGCGUCGCCAGGGGGUGGCCAUGACGCCGCUGGGCUCAGAUGUGCAACUGCAGCUGCAAAUGCAAAUCCAGACGCAGACGGAACCACCGACUGGAGACACGCCGGCGGUUGGGUCGCCGACAUCCUCGUGGUCAGGGUCGACCGUGUCAUAUUAUUGA